GCGACUUUGGCGAGUAGUAUGAUAUGGCAUCCUUCAGCCGUCAGAGGACGAUAAGGGUAUAUUUGGUACCUAUACAGAUACCGUGCUCGGGCAUCGUUAUCUCGAAGUGAAACUCACCGAGCGAACGGCAUCAUGCGUUGGCUACAAAGCUUGAGCUGUCAGGGUACCCCCAACGAUGCGUUGGAUAGUUAUGUGGCCUCGCAGCGUUCCAGGUCUGAUACAACGGGACCCUGACAUCCCGACGCGUUGCAAUGUCUCUCGACCGGAAUGAACAUCAAGCCUUCCCAGACUUCAAGGACAAUAGGAAACCCUGUGCAUCCACGCAGGUGGUCAACCCAGUCGACCCCUCCGAGUACGCGCUGGAAGUAGACGAUGAGCAAGCCCCGCCCGCUCAGCUUCAGCAGUCCUUCAGCGGCAUGGCGGCCUUUGGAUUCUGCUUUGCCGUCUUGAACACCUGGGUCGUCCUGCUAGCGGGAUUGGGCGCGGGGCUAUCCUCCGGCGGACCCACCGCUCUUAUCUGGGGGUUCGUCUAUGCCAUCGUAUGCAACUUGGCAUUGACGUUGAGCUUGUCGGAAGUGUUCUCCGUGUACCCAACGGCAGGGGGCCAGUAUCACUGGGCGGCCAUCUUGACAUCGCCUCGACGGAGCGCCAUGGCCGCUUGGUUCACGGCUCUCAUCAACUUAGGCGGCCUUUGGGCUGGCGUGGCAACUCAAGCGUAUCUCGCCUCGAACAUGAUCGUGGUGAUGUCUUUGGUGAACGAGACCGAUUGGGUUCCAACGCCAGGCGAACAGUACGCGAUCUACCUCGGCAUCAUCGUCUUCGGGCUCGGAAGCUCCCUUGUCUCGGGUAUCAAGUUCACGCGUAGGCUGGAUUCGAGCAUGACUUGGGUAUCGAUCUUGGGAUUAGCAGCCUUUGCGAUCACGAUCCUCGCCAUGGCGAAACCGAAGGCGUCGGCCAGCUUUGUCUUUACGGGUGUCUACAACUUUUCAGGUUGGAACUCGACAGCCAUCGCCUGGUUGAUCGGUCUGCUCAACUCCUCCUUCGCCUUCGUGGGGUUCGACCUCGUCUUUCACAUCAGCGAAGAGAUCCCCGAUGCCAAGCGCAAAGGGCCUCAGAUCCUGAAUGCUACGGUGAUCGUCGGAGGCAUCACAGGGAUGUUUUGCCUUUUGUCACUCCUCUUCUGUCUCAGCGACAUUGAAGCCGGGUUAGGAACGGCUUAUGGGUUUGUUGGCCGUGAACUCGAUUCCAUAGCACUGACGCUGAUCGGCCUUCGCUGCGGUAGGUUGCCCUUCGCACAGAUCUGUAUGGACGCCACGGGAUCGAAAGCUGCGACAACCGUGUUCCUCAUCAUACCGACUUUGCUCUUAUGUUACGGUUCUCGAGGAUGUCAAUUGACCGCAUCGAGGAUCAUGCUAUCCCUAGGGCGAGAUUCCGGCUUGCCCUGGUCCCAUUCGUUCACAAAAAUCAGGUCGGGCGAACCAUACGUCGGGCUCAUCGUCUCGAGCGUCGUCCCGCUCCUAGCGGGUUUGGUCCAGAUACGUGCGACCUCGGCAUUCAACUCGUUGCUAGGUACCGCCGUCAUCCUGCUCCAGGCGUCAUACGUCAUCCCGGUCGUUCUGAUCAUGUUCGGAGGGAGGUCGCAACUGGAUUCCACGCAUCCAGAUAGACUCUGGAACCUAGGUCGUUUUGGUCUGCCAUGUAACGUCAUCGCCUGCUUCUUUGUCGUGCAAAGCAUCGUGAUCUAUUGCUUCCCAGCGACGCAGCCUGUGACAGCAACCAGCAUGAAUUAUGUCUCUGCGUUUGUCGGGGGUUACCUUGUCAUUCUGACGGCGCUUUGGUAUGGAUGGAUGCGAAAGCGUUUCCGAGGUCCUAGCGAGAUCGAGAUCCAGGCGGUCGUCGAUCGAUGCUCUUUGCCGAAAAGCGAGGUCGUUCGCGGGUACGAGUAGCGAGAAGGGAUAUGUGUCAAACAGAGAGGAGCCCUGGAGUCCUGAUAAUCCUGGGAAGUGUCAAUCAUCCAAAUGCUGGCAGAUCUAUCUGUAGCUCUGUAGUACUGUAAUCCUGCGAUACGUCGUUGUAUGACUUUAGAGCUUUGAAAUGUGCAAGAUGCAAGAUGCG